UCUAGCAAUGAAUAAAGAAGAAGAAACAAGCAAGCUAACGGCUUUCAAAAGGAUAAUAAGAGAACCACUAGACCCAAUCACAGAGCAAUGGACGAAUAAGAUCUUUGAAAACAAAAAAAAAAAAAACUCCUUGCUUUUGUUUCUAUUUCACUGAUCUAAAUUCAAUUUCUCAGUUGCUGAAAACUUGAAAUAAUGCUUAUGGUAGAACCUGCCGCCGUUAAAGUCAGUUUCCCCGCCGUUAACUUCAACCGCACCUCUUGCCGGUUAUCUCACUCAGCCAGCUUCUUAAUUCCUAGGAAUAAGUUUAGGAGGUCGAGGACGGAGCAUUGUGUUGGAAGAAUAAGAACAGGUAAGGGAAAAUGUGGAAUUAAAGCAAGUGCAAGAGAUCAGCCAUCUGGACCGGUGAAACAGAAUGCGAAGCCCUCGAGGUAUCAUCCAUCUGAAGACAUUUCGGAUUCGGAAAUUGGAGAGAAUGAGGAAGCUCAACUUACGCCAGCUGAAACUUCUAGAACCAUCAUUGAGAUAAACAGCAAAGCAACACUCAUGUUUUCAGGCGUGGUCAGCAAUGAAGUGCAUGAGAACAUUUUCUGGCCAGACUUGCCUUACAUAACUGAUGAACUUGGAAACAUCUACUUUCAAGUAAAGAAUGAAGAAGACAUCCUGCAAACUCUGACAGCUGAAGAAAAUGUUGUGCAAGUCAUUAUAGGCCUAGAUACUGCCGAAAUGCUAAGUGAGCUAGAGUCAUAUGGUCAAUCUGAAGUUGAUUAUGGCAUAGACGAAUUUGACGAUGAGGACAGUGAUAUUGAUGACGAAGAUGACCUCGAUGAAGAUGACACUGAUGAUGAUGAAGAUGACAAUGACUAUGACAAGGAUUGGGUUGCCAUUCUUGAUGAUGAAGAUGAGGAUGGGGAUUCUGAUGAGUCAUUGGGGGACUGGGCUAAAUUAGAAACCAUGCGCUCUUCUCAUCCAAUGUAUUUUGCCAAAAAGAUUUCUGAGGUUGUGACAGAUGACCCUGUAGAUUUUAUGGACCAGCCUCCUGCAGGUCUUGCUAUACAAGGCCUUCUAAGGCCAUCCUUCCUCGAGGAGCACACUACUAUUCAAAAGCAGAUAUCCGAAGAUAGAUUGAGUGACACUGACGUAAAUCAGAUGGAAAAUGAUGACGACCACAAAGAAAAGGGUGGUAUUCAAAUAAAUGGCCACAAAUAUGAGAGUGGAUCUUCACAAGAUAGUUCAAGCUGGGAAGAAUUGGAGAAGGAUGAGAACCUAGGAAAUGGAACUUCAUUUUACAAGCUAGAGAUGAUCAAAAUUCAGUUAAUUUCUUCCAAUGGGAAUCAGAUCUUUGUUGAGUUAGAUAAUUUUAGGAGAGCUAGACCUGAUGCAAUAGCACAUUCAGCUGCCAAAAUAAUAUCUCGGCUUAAAGCUGCUGGAGAGAAGACUACGCAGGCUCUUAGAUCUCUCUGUUGGAGAUGCAAGGGAAUUCAGGUGGAGGAGGUGUCUCUGAUUGGUGUGGACAGCCUUGGUUUUGACUUGAGAGUUUGCUCUGGGACACAGGUCCAAACCCUACGGUUUUCAUUUAGAAAGCGGGCUCUAUCUAUGGGUGCUAGGAGUUAGACACCACCGUUGAUGUGCGCGACCACCUCAUCUAAAGGUUUAAUCUGUUAGAGAGUCAUAAUUCUGUCUUGCAUGCCCUCACAUGCAUACCGAAUUCUUUGUUAUUGGCCAAGACGUGUGAAUUUCUUUUCAAUGAAGAGUGGCGGUAAGAAACAUGGCCAGUAAGGAUUCAUAUAUCGGACCCCAAAUUGUUUGGUACUGAGGCAUAGUUGUUGUUGAAGGGUGGAAGUGAAACGUGAACGUAAGACUUUUGCAUGCUCCGAUGCGCGAAGGUGAAGUAUGUGAACACUUUAUUUAAACCUUAACCAAUUAGAGAGGGCACAUUUAUGUUUGCUCAAUUAUGUCUUCAACAGCUAGAAGUUGAAAUGUAAUGUGAAACCAAUUAAGGGGCAUCCUAUGUGAAAAUUUGAAAACCCAGAUUGAGUAGAGAAAAGGGAUAUGCAACCUGCACAUACAUUUCUCAUAUUUGUUCAUCUCAAAAUCCUAAGACCUUCUAGGUUAUUGGGAUCAUUUGUUCAACUACCGGAGGUAGUUCGUUUUUGUUCUUAUUUCUUCUGGGCAAGAGAAAGGUCAACCUUGAAGAAAUAUGGUGUUUUUGGUAUAAAGCAAAAUUCAUGGGAAAAUAAGUGAUCAUCUCACAUAUUUUCUGGUGUUUGGUAGGUAAAGCAAAAAUAUUUUCAAAAUAUAUAACGUGACAUAACAA